GGCGGGAAAGUGUGCAGACUCGCCCGCAACAUGAGAGCUUUGCAUUCCCCAACCUUUCCGUCCCUUGUGCACUCUCUCUCACUCUCUCGCGUCCUCGUUUUCUACGCUUCCGCCCUCGUUUGUUGCCCCGCGUUAAUCGACUGCGCGCUCAGCGUUGCUGGCUCUCGUCGGGGGCUUUGCUACUGAACUGCGAUACUUCCGUGUGCGUUGUGGUAGUACUCGUUAUUAUGUGAAUGUGAGCCGGAUUCGGUUGUUUAUGUAAUUGGAAUUUGAAACUUUUUGAGUGCUCGGGCUGUUGUUUGGCUAGUGAUUCAGAGAGAGGUGUUGUUGAGGGCAUUUCCAUGGCUGACGUCGUCGAGUCUAUCCCAGCAGUUGUCCCUGCCACUGCUUCUGAGGUGGUAGAAGAGGCCCCUGUGGUGGAGAAGGCUGCAAAGUCAGAGAAGGGGAAGAAGAUGAAGGUUACUAAAGAAAAGAAAGUGAAGGAAGUGACGGUGAAGGAGCCUAAGGCUACUAAAGCGAAAGCUCCGAAGGCCCCCAAGCCUCCUGCGUCCCAUCCGACCUACAUGCUGAUGGUGGUGGAAGCCAUUGGCGCGUUGAAGGAGCGGACCGGGUCUAGUCAAUAUGCCAUUGCGAAGUACUUGGAGGACAAGUACAAGACAGGCCUGGCCCCUAACUUCAAGAAGAUGUUGACCAUUCAGUUGCGUAAUCUUACGAAGGGUGGGAAGCUGGUUAAGGUGAAGAACUCGUUCAAACUGUCGGACGAGUUGAAGAAGCCUGCGAAGGUAGCGAAGGCCACCAGCGCUCCGAAGUCACUGGUGAAGGUUGCGCCGAAAGCUAAGACCGUCAAGAUCCCUGCUGGUCGUCGCGUGAAGACGAAGAGCGCUGGUGAAGGUGUUGCGAAAUCGAAAGCACCAAGUACUAAAGGGGCGAAGGAGACUAAGUCUGAAUCCAAGGUGACAAAGGUUGCAAAGCCGAAGCCUGGCAGUAAGGUGGGGACGGCGGCAUCGAAGAAGGCCGUAGCUAAGACAGCCGUGUCUGCCAAAAAGGCAGCGGGAGCUACUAAGAAGGCGGCAGUUCACGCGAAGAAGUCGGCUACGGUUGCAGUUGCGAAGAAGCCUGUGACAGGGAGGAAGCCACCUACAGUUCGCAAGAUGACUACACCGAAGAAAGCCCCGAAAUCAGUGAAGAGCGUGGGCGCGGGUGUGAAGGUUAAGGCAGCGAAACCGGUAGGUCGGCCGGCGAAGAAGGUCAAGAAGUGAGAUGUGCGACUAUUAGACGAUUAUUUUACUGGUGUUUAUGAACACCACCACGUGGGGGGAAUGGUCGAUCUCUUGCUUCCUAAGUGACUGAUGGGUGAACGUGACUGUUUGUUGGUCAAUGAAUGUGGUCGUGACUUCCGGAACUUAUGUUUUAGGAACGUCAGCAUGGUGGGGGGUGGUCGCGUCUUGGGGAAGCGGCCGAAUGUGAUAGAUGGACAAGUUUCUCGUGUUCUGCAGAGAUGCAUUGGUAUGUAUGGUAAUCUGAAUGCCCAUAGUUUGGUUGACUCUCCGAAUGUCCUAUAGUUUGGUUCGAAGUCUUGCGAAAUAUCCAGUGUGGAUGUGCUACUGGAGUCAUGACACUAUCAUGACUAACAUCUUUGAACAGUAACUACAGAAUCUAAGAAAGAUUAUUUACCAGAGUUUCUUCAUUGACACGUCUGAGGACACCUGAAGACGCAGUUAUUGUGGACAGAAUCCAUUUCUUCUCUGGGAACCUGGUUUUCAAAAUA